UUCAUAAUUUUAUUCUGAACGCAUUCAUAAGUUGCGGUCCUUUACACGCAAAGUAAAGUAGUAGAGUAUCUACAGUUCCGAUAGUAAUCAUAGCGAUAUUUAUGAGUAAAGUUUCGUAUAACGAAACAAAACCUUCCAUGAUGGCAGAUGUUGAGUGAAUGUUUAUUUUUUUUAUAAAAUUAUCAAAUGCCCUUACAAAUCUUAAGAAAAACUGUACAUAGAUUAUCAAAAACUCUGGUCAUGAAACUGUGAUAAUUAGUAACCUAUCGGUAGUGGAGCGCGAGCUAUUGAGCAUGUCAAAUGAUAGUGCGAGGACGCGGUAGUAAGAUGCCGUGUGAGAGCUGUGCGGUGCAGUUCAGCGUGUUCCGCCGCAAGCGGGCAUGCUCGGAGUGCGAGCGGUACUACUGCGCAGGCUGCCUGCGGCGCGGCGGCGGCGCGAUGUGCGCCCCUUGUCGGGCUCUCUCGACGCGCCCGCUGGCGCGACCAGCUAUUGCUCAUCUCAAGGUCCGAGACCUGCAGUGCUUCCUACAGCGCCAGAACGUGUCCACACGCGGCUGCGUCGAAAAAGAAGAGUUAGUGUCUCUCUGCGUGUCUCACGUGAACAGCGCAGCGUACAGACGACGCGCGCCGCGCGCGGAGCCCUUCCCCUCGCUCAAGGGCAUCACCAGCAACAUCAACAACUUCAUCAACUCCACCUUCGACCUCCGCCCGCCGCCCAGACCUCAGCAGCAGAGGCCGCAACCAAACACUAAUGGAGGAGGAUGCUACAACGCGGCGCAUCAGCACGCGCAGGCCCCCGCGCCCGCGCAGGCGCCGCGGCGCGAGCGCUUCACUCCCACACCAGGCGGGCAGGAACGCAUCUCCGUGCCGGUGCCGCCGCCGACGACGCCCGGCGCGGCCGAGCCCGCCCACGUGGACACGGCGGACUGCCUCGAGGUCGAGGACUUGGACGACUCGGGCUGGGAGUUCGUGCGGCGGCCUGCCGAUCCGCUACCCAACGAUUCGGACGUGCUGCUGGCGUCCCCGGGCGCGCUCGGCGGCCCCGGCACGCCGCUGCGCGCCGCGUCGUCGCUCGAGCUGCGCUCUCCCGAGCCGCACCACGAGCCCGCGCGCGAGCCCGACCGCGCCUCCCUGCAGGACGAGCCCCUAGACCUUCCGCCUUCUUCUAGGAGACGCUCUCCUCCUAGGAGAGCGCCGUCUCCGAGAAGGCUGUCCCCUCCGGGAACAGAUUCGACUCCGCAGACGCCGACGCACCUGAUACCGCCGAAGCAAGACGGGAAUGACUCCGACUCUAAUACAGGUUCCCAGUCAAUAAACCUCGAAGACGUGAAGGACGUGUCCGCACUGGACGUACUAAGCGUCCGCCAACUCAAGGAACUAUUAGUACGGAACCGCGUCGAGAUCCGCGGAUGUAUUGAGCGACAAGAACUAUUAGUACGCGCACAGCGCCUGUGGCAGGACCACGCCAGAUAUAAAGACGCGUAUUGCUAA